AUGGGAACAAAAUUCCAGUUCGUCACCGGCUACACAGCAACGCCACGCAAGCCCAGUGUGCUGAGUCAUCGCGUCGACCCGCCCAGUCGCCCGUCGGGUGGCGCGCCGGUCCCCAUGGGCGCGGCGCGUUUGACGUAUGGGACAACACGAUGGGCCGAUGCGGGUGCGGGUGGUAGCGAGUCUGCACGCAUUCCACUUGUUGCAAAAUUGCGCUCGAACACAGAUCUCUGUGGUGUCUCAGCAACAAUUGGAACAAUGGGCUAA